GGGGCUGAGAGCAUGGGGAGGGGGGCGGGAGGACAGAACUUGGCUGUGGGGGGAGGUGCGCGCCCCCCUCCCCACCCCACGGUGGACUUCUACCUCCCGGCUACGCCCAUCCGCCUUAGUUUUCCUGUCUGUUUCCUGUGUGCCUGGGUGGACUUAAAGGUUCUGCGCCCACCCCCCACCCCCCCAUCUUAGGGUCCCUCAGCGGUCUCCUCCACUCCGGGGGCAUUCUGAGACCCAGAGCCUGACGUCUGGUGGGGGGAGGGCGCCUAAGUCACCUCCCGAAGCCCCAUGGGGCUGGGGCGGGGGCAGCGGGGAGUGGAGGGAGCUCGUGACCUUGGACCCCUCGUAAGCGCCGGGGCCUCCUCCCUCUGGUGCUGCCCCGGGGGAUGUUGACCCCUUGACCUUCAGGGACUCUCCCCUCCCCCUCAGUCCAAGGACAAAAUGAUGAGAGGUUCCCGAAGAGGCUGUGUUCGACUCCGAGGAGCUGUGAUUGGUAUAGACGAUGAGGACGACAGCACCUUCACAAUAACUGUUGAUCAGAAAACCUUCCAUUUCCAGGCUCGCGAUGCUGAUGAGAGGGAGAAGUGGAUCCAGGCCUUAGAAGAGACCAUCCUUCGGCAUACGCUUCAGCUCCAGGGUGUAGAUUCUGGAUUUGUUCCCAGUGUUCAGGACUUUGAUAAGAAACUGACAGAGGCUGAUGCAUAUUUGCAAAUUUUGAUCGAUCAGCUAAAGCUCUUUGAUAACAAGCUUCAAAACUGCAAAGAUGAUGAACAGAGAAAGAGAAUUGAGACUCUCAAAGAGACCACAAAUAACAUGGUAGAAUCGAUUAAACACUGCAUUGUGUUGCUGCAGAUCGCUAAAAGUACCAUCAACCCUGUAGAUGCAAUAUAUCAGCCUAAUCCCUUGGAACCAGUGAUCAGCACAAUGCCUACCCAGACUGUCUUACCUACAGAGUCGGCCCCGUUGUGUAAGUCAGAGCCACGUCCGUCCUCCCUACCUGUUGGACCUGGAGUCACUUCUUUGGGACAUCCUCAGACACCAACGCCCAACAGCACAGGAAGUGGGCAUUCAGCACCUAGUAGCAGUCUGACAUCUCCAAGCCAUGUCAACUUGUCUCCAAACACAGUCCCAGAGUUUUCUUAUUCUAGCAGCGAAGAUGAAUUCUAUGAUGCCGAUGAAUUCCAUCAAAGCAGCUCAUCCCCAAAGCGCUUCAUAGACUCCUCGGGAUCGGCCUCAGUCUUGACCCACAGCAGUUCAGGGAACAGUCUAAAACGCCCCGAUACCACGGACUCCCUUAUUUCCUCCAUAUCCAAUGGGAUGAGUGAUGCCGACCUGUUUGACUCCCAUGAUGACCGAGACGAUGAUGGGGAGGCCAGCUCCGUGGAAGAGCACAAGAGUGUCAUCAUGCACCUCUUGUCCCAGGUUAGGCUGGGAAUGGAUCUGACCAAGGUGGUUCUCCCAACAUUUAUUCUCGAAAGAAGGUCACUUUUGGAAAUGUAUGCCGACUUUUUUGCACAUCCAGAUUUGUUUGUAAGCAUCAGUGAUCAGAAGGACCCUAAGGACCGGAUGGUGCAGGUCGUAAGAUGGUACCUCUCUGCCUUCCAUGCAGGAAGGAAAGGGUCUGUGGCUAAAAAGCCUUACAAUCCCAUUCUGGGUGAGAUCUUUCAGUGCCACUGGACGCUGCCCAUGGAAAACGAAGAGAAUGCGGAGCCGAUGUCUGAAGGCCCCGUGCCCUGGGGCUCCAAAAACUGUGUGGCGUUUGUAGCAGAGCAGGUCUCCCAUCACCCGCCUAUUUCAGCUUUUUACGCCGAGUGCUUCAGCAAGCGGAUCCAGUUCAAUGCACACAUAUGGACCAAGUCCAAAUUCUUGGGGAUGUCCAUUGGCGUACACAACAUAGGCCAAGGUUGUGUCUCUUGUCUUGAUUAUGAUGAGCAUUAUAUUCUCACCUUCCCCAAUGGCUACGGAAGGUCUAUUCUCACGGUGCCCUGGGUAGAGCUGGGAGGAGAAUGCAGCAUCAGCUGCUCCAAGACUGGGUACAGCGCCAACAUCAUCUUCCACACAAAGCCCUUCUAUGGGGGCAAGAAGCACCGAAUCACAGCUGACAUUUUCCCUCCGAAUGACAAGAAAUCCUUUUGUUCAAUCGAAGGGGAGUGGAAUGGUGUCAUGUAUGCGAAAUAUGCAACAGGGGAAAAUACAGUCUUCAUUGAUACCAAGAAGGUGCCUAUAAUCAAGAAGAAAGUGAGGAAGCUGGAGGACCAGAAUGAGUAUGAGUCACGCUGCCUCUGGAAGGAUGUCACUUACAACUUAAAGAUCAGAGACAUCGAUGCAGCCACUGAAGCAAAGCACAGACUGGAAGAGAGACAGAGAGCGGAAGCUCGAGAGAGGAAGGAGAAGGACAUCCAGUGGGAGACCAGGUUAUUCCAUGAAGAUGGAGAGUGUUGGGUCUACGAUGAGCCUUUACUGAAACGCCUCGGAGCCAGCAAACAUUGACCUUGAGAGGAGCGAAGGCCUCGGUGCUGCGGCCCAGCCAUCGCCAGCUUCUCUCUGCAGUGGUUCCUAUCUCAGGGAUACUGGAUUUAUUGAUGCAGGUGAACAAUUAAAGCAAGACAAAUCUCCUUUACUCUCUUGGUGGCAGUCACUAGAGCUUGACUUGAAGUCUGAAGAAUCCAGUUGAGCUUUGAAAACUACCAACACUGGGCUCAAGCUGUGUGUGUGAGUGUGCGUGUGUGUAUAUCACACAUACUCUGGUGCCACUGCCAAGGUACAAGUCUCACAUACUCUUGGGUUCUAGCUCUAUAUAAAUACAUAUAUAUAUAUAUAUAUACACACACACAUAUAUAUAAAUAUACAUAAUGGAAGUCUUCACUUACUAUUCUUUACAUCUGUAAAUAGAGAUUCCUUUGAAUGGACGAUUUAUUAGAAAAUUAUUUAGCAAACUAUGAAAUCCAAUGUUUUAGCAUUUCAUUAUCUCACUCCAAAUAAUUUCUGUAUUUUUAUUUUUAAACUGAACUAUUGAAUUAUAGCUAACCCUUGGCUAUACUUUAAUUCCACCGUGGGCAGCAUCUUAAGGCUUCAUAAAAUAAUUUUCCAAA